AUUCCUUAAAACCCUAAACCCUUGGCGCACACACACAGCUUCACAAAAUUGGCCAUGGGCAGUGCUUCAGAUAGUGAUAGUGAUAGUGAUAGCAGCCCAAAGUUAGAAAAGGUUUCAGUUUGGGAUUUGCCUGAUGUCCCAAAGGGGAAAUUGCCACCUCACCUUGAACUCCGAAGGACUCGUGUUCUUUGUGCUUCUUUAGCUCCCACUAAUACAGAGAAGGUACAAUACUCAGGCGCCUAUGCAUCUAUGGGUGUUGAUAACAGCGUGCGCUUUGAGCAAUUCCGCAAUAACUUCAAAGUGGAAGUUGUGAGACUUGACGAGGACGAAUUGGAGUUUGACAUGAUUGGUAUCGAUCCUUCUCUUGCCAACGCAUUUCGCAGAAUCCUCAUUGCAGAGGUCCCGACCAUAGCUAUUGAAAAAGUUCUUAUUGCAAACAAUACGUCCAUUAUCCAAGAUGAAGUGCUCGCUCAUAGACUUGGUCUCAUCCCAAUUAAGGUCGAUCCAAGGCUUUUUGAGUAUAUGUCAGAAAAUGAUGUCCCUAACGAAAAGAAUACAGUUGUUUUCAAACUCCAUGCUCGUUGUAAAAAAGGCAGUGAACGACGAAGAGUCUUGUCCAGUGAGCUGAAGUGGUUACCCAAUGGAAGUGAAUUGAUACUAGCAACAGAAAGUCAAGCAUCAAAUUCGAGUGCAAAACCAAAAACUUACACUUCAUUCAGCUGUAGUCAAGGUACUCGACCAGAAUUCUUGAAUGACCCAAUUGCCCCCAAAGAUGCAGAUAUCAUUGUAGCCAAACUCGGACCUGGUCAGGAAAUCGAGCUAGAAGCUCAUGCUGUUAAAGGCAUGGGUAAGACACAUGCAAAGUGGUCUCCUGUGGCUACCGCUUGGUACAGAAUGCUUCCUGAGGUUGUAUUAUUGCGAGAUAUUGAAGAUGAUGAAGCAGAAGCACUUGUGAAGAAGUGUCCAGUUAAGGUGUUUGACAUCGAAGAUAUGGGUAAAGGUAAAAAGAGGGCAACUGUUGCACGACCAAGGGCUUGCACACUUUGCAGGGAAUGCAUCAGAGAGGAAGGGUGGGACAAGAAUGUAGCAUUGAGACGUGUAAAUGACCAUUUCAUCUUUACCAUAGAGUCAACUGGAGCAUUGCCACCUGAGGUGCUGUUUACUGAAGCUGUAAAGAUUUUGGAAGAAAAAUGUGAACGGGUGAUAACGGAGCUGUCAUGAUCAGGUCUAAAGUAUAUCUGGAUACCUACUUCUUACCUCAGAGCCAAGGCAAGAGUUCAGCUUGGUUUCUUAUGUGUAUGAUAGUGCAAUUUUCUCUUUUCCUACAUUCAUAUUUCCAAAGUUUUAUUUGUCAAUUGUCUUCGGACACAUAUAGACGGGAAUGGUAAAAGUGGGUGGUGCUUGUAUUCCUCACUACUUGUCUUGGGAAACACAAGUACGCGACAUGUUAAUUUAAGUAUCUAAUUUUGUUGAGGAUGUGGUAAAAACUAACAAGUUUAUAGUU